AUGAUAAUAUUCUCAAUAUUUAUUAAUAAUAAUAAUAAAUGUAAUAUAUUUGUAUUAAUAAUAACAUAUCUUAUACUUGUCAUUACAACCUCAAAUGUGAUGGCAAUCAGUCCAGAUACACGACUACAUAACAAUGGUCAACAACAACAUCAAACAAUAGAUAUACAACAUGAACAACAACAACAAAAUGAAGAACAACAACAGGAUAGUGGAGCAUUCGCUAACUUGAACACCCCAACAACAAAGGUGAUGGUGACUGGAUACCAGGAUAUCACACAUUUGGAGGAAUCUACAUUGUUGGACAGCGGUGGCAAUAUUGAAAUACAAUCAAUCAAGAAUAUGGUCACUCAAUCAAUGUUGAUGGACCAAACUACAAUGGCGGGCGAACCAACCGAUGGCGCUGUAGCCGUUGCCGGUGGCUGGUUGACCGAGUCCCCAGUCAGUCCAUACGACUCAUCCACCUCUGAUCCAAACCCAGCACCACGACCCACCAAUCAUGGUGCUGCUGUUGCUGCCGCCGCUGCCGCAGCAGCAGCUGCAGCCUCACCAAUCAAUCAACAACUUCAACAACAUGGUAAUAAGAGUUUCUUAAAGACAUUGAUGGACCGUGUGAUUGAUUUCAACUUGUUUGAACAUGAACGAAGAUAUAACAUCAAGAGUUAUUCAAGACGUGUUUCGAAUAAGAUACCAACGGGUGUCUCUGGAGGCAAUGGGUUCAUUCCCAAUGCUUUGGAGAAGGCUUACCGACAACAUCAUGUAGUUGUUGUUGGUGCUGCUCGACCUGUAGAUGUUGAUGGAGGUAGAGGUACA